UAUUGAGACGCCUGACAAAAGUUAGUCCGUUUCCGCGUCGUGAGUUCAGCUGGAAUCCUUCGAUACAUCUCAGUUAUGAGCUUCCUUCCUGGGACAGCAAGUCUCAUCAAAGAAAUAGAUAAAAGACUUUUGGUUGUGCUGAGGGAUGGAAGAACACUCAUUGGAUAUUUGAGGUCCAUAGAUCAAUUUGCCAACCUUUUACUUCAAGACACCAUUGAAAGAAUUCAUGUUGGAGGAAAGUAUGGGGAUAUUCCUAGAGGCAUAUUUCUUGUAAGAGGAGAAAACAUGGUUCUAGCUGGAGAAAUAGAUGAAGAAAAAGAAGCUCAGUCUGAACUGGAGGAAGUGUCAGUACCUGAUAUUCUUGAAUUACAAAGAGAUGAGCAACUGGCUAAAGAAGAGCAAGAAAGAGUGAAAACAAAAGCCAAACUGAAAAGAGGCCUGCCUGUCAAUGUAUCUGAUACAUACCUCAAUCAUGACGAUGUUUUCAACUGAGUUUCUUUUGAAAAAUAACAAGACCAAGUAUGGAUAUCCUCUCUGAAUAUUGUUGAGCCAACAGUAUCAAACCAGGCAGUUGCUAAGCGAAAUGACACAUUUUCAUCUUGAAGUCAUCAGUUGGUGGACAAGAAGGUUUAUCUGGCCUUACAGGCAUUUGUCAGAAUGGCUUUAUUUUCUCUGACUGAUUAGGAAAGGCUUGACAACAUUUAUUUAUCAUAGGUAAUAUAUUUGUGGAAAGCUACCUGUAUAACCAUGUUGCUAGCAAUAAAAAGUUGUAAGCAUAUCAAAAGGAUGUGGCGCAUAAAAUGCAAAAAUUUCACAAAUAAACUUGCUCCAUAAAUAUAA